AUGGAUUCCCCUUAUUCACUUCAAUGUGAUUCUGUUGUCUCUCUUCUUGAGCCUCCUACAACAGUUCAAUGUGCUAAAGGAAAUAUAGUUGUAGCUGAUCAUGGAAUUGUUUAUAUGAUCAUAAAGGAGUCAAGCGACAACAAACUUAUUUUAGCUCUGUGUUUGAAGAAUGAAAAGUUUGAAGAAAUAUUAUUUCAAGGUCGUCGGGACCUAAUAAUGGAACAACCAAAUUUGUUCACUGUUGGAGGAUGCCUUUGUUUAGCAAAGUUUUGUUCGCCCCUUAUUAAUGAGUUGGCCAAUUUCGAAGAUUGGCGUAUGAAAAAGAAUGGAACCUUGAGCUAUUCGUGGAGUAAACUAUUUGCAAUUACAGUGCCAGUGCCAGAUGAUGAACGGGUUAUGACCAAAUUUCAUGUCCGUCCUGUGAGCUUUAUGAAGGAUGGAGGCAUUUUGUUUCAGAGAAGUAGAGAUGAAUUAGUAGUUUACAAUUCAAAAACACAAAAGUUUGAACAAGUUAAAAUUGCUGGGCUUGAAGUCGCAUCACCUCUCAUCUAUCGUGGUUUAACAUAUGUCGAGACUUUAAUCUCUCCUAAUGCUAUGUAG